AUGUUUUACACACACACACUCUCUUGUCUCCAUUUCUUCCUCACUUUUUCAUUCUUUUCAUUCUCUCUUUCCCUCUGUUUUUCAUUCUCUCUUUCCCUGUUUUUCAUUCUCUCUUUCCCUCUGUUUUUCAUUCUCUCUUUCCCUCUGUUUUUCAUUCUCUCUUUCCCUCUGUUUUUCAUUCUCUCUUUCCCUCUGUUUUUCAUUCUCUCUUUCCCUCUGUUUUUCAUUCUCUCUUUCCCUCUGUUUUUCAUUCUCUCUUUCCCUCUGUUUUUCAUUCUCUCUUUCCCUCUGUUUUUCAUUCUCUCUUUCCCUCUGUUUUUCAUUCUCUCUUUCCCUCUGUUUUUCAUUCUCUCUUUCCCUCUGUUUUUCAUUCUCUUUUCCUCUGUUUUUCAUUCUCUCUUUCCCUCUGUUUUUCAUUCUCUCUUUCCCUCUGUUUUUCAUUCUCUCUUUCCCUCUCGUUUUCAUUCUCUCUUUCCCUCUGUUUUUCAUUCUCUCUUUCCCUCUGUUUUUCAUUCUCUCUUUCCCUCUGUUUUUCAUUCUCUCUUUCCUCUGUUUUUCAUUCUCUUUUUCCCUCUCCCCUUUUUUUUUCUUUCUCUUUUUUCAUUCUCUCUUUCCCUCUCUUUUCAUUUCUCUUUCCCUCUUUUUCAUUCUCUCUUUCCCUCUCUUUUUCAUUCUCUCUUUCCCUCUGUUUUUCAUUCUCUCUUUCCCUCUGUUUUUCAUUCUCUCUUUCCCUCUGUUUUUCAUUCUCUCUUUCCCUCUGUUUUUCAUUCUCUCUUUCCCUCUUUUGUCUUUUUCUCUUGUUUUUAUUUUCCCUUUUUUCUUUCUUACUUCCUUUUUUUCUUUUCCUCCUCUCUAUUUUUCUUUUUCUCUUUUGUUUUUAAUCUUUUCUCUCGUCUUUUCUCCUCCUUUUCUCUCGUCUGUUCUCCUCCUUUUCUCUCGUCUGUUCUCCUCCUUUUCUCUCGUCUGUACUCCUCCUUUUCUCUAAUCUGUACUCCUCCUUUUCUCUCGUCUGUUCUCCUCCUUUUCUCUCGUCUUUUCUCCUCCUUUUCUCUCGUCUGUUCUCCUCCUUUUCUCUCGUCUUUUCUCCUCCUUUUCUCUCGUCUUUUCUCCUCCUUUUCUCUCGUCUUUUCUCCUCCUUUUCUCUCGUCUGUUCUCCUCCUUUUUUGUCUUUCUUUUCUCUUUUUUCUUUUUCAUUUCUUCUUCUUUCCUUUCCUUUCCUUCCUCUCUUUCAUUUUUUAUAUUUUUUUCCUUCUCUUCUUUCCUCUUCUGCCAAUGUACAUGAUAUCACUUCAUAGUUUUUAA